ACGUGUAAUCAGAAAUCAAUAAGUCGUCGUCGGUGCCACAUACUAUUUUAUUUACAUCCCCAAAUUGCAAGAAAAAGCUCAAAAUGAGCUUUAAAAUGGACAAGAAGGAGGACGAGGACGGUGGAGGCAACCCUUUCAGCAACUUGGACAAAACCAACGUCCUACAAGAGACCCGCUGCUUCAGCGAAACGCCGACCAACCACCGAAAAUGCACGCAUAUUUUGGCGAAAAUCCUCUACAUACUCAAUCAGGGGGAGACAUUAACCACCCAAGAGGCCACCGAUGCCUUCUUCGCCAUCACCAAGCUGUUCCAGUCCAAGGAUAUGGUACUCCGUCGCAUGGUCUACCUCUGCAUCAAAGAGUUGAGUUCGAUGGCUCAAGACGUGAUAAUCGUGACCUCUUCGCUGACGAAAGAUAUGACGGGCAAGGAGGAUUUAUACCGGGCGGCGGCUAUACGAGCUCUUUGCACGAUAACUGACAGUACCAUGCUGCAAGCCAUAGAGAGAUAUAUGAAGCAGGCGAUAGUUGAUAAGAACCCUGCUGUCAGCUCUGCCGCCCUGGUAUCAGCGCUCCACUUGUCGGCUACGGCUCCCGACCUCGUGCGGCGGUGGGCAGGCGAGGCUCAGGAGGCCAUCAACUCGGACAACGCGAUGGUGUCGUACCACGCCCUCGGAGUCGUCUACAGCACACGGAAGAACGACAAACUGGCCUCAGCGAAACUUGUCUCCCGUCUCACUAGAGCCCCCCUUAAAUCCCCCUACGCCCUCUGCCUGCUCAUCCGCCAAGCAGCCCAGCUAGUCGACAACGAUGAGUCAGACGCCUCCCAACCCUACAUAGAGUUCAUAGAAUGCUGCUUGCGCCACAAAUCCGAAAUGGUCAUUUAUGAAGCCGCCCAUGCGAUUGUCAACUUGCGUAAGACGGCCAGGGAUCUUGCCCCAGCUGUUUCCGUGUUGCAGCUGUUCUGCGGAUCGUCCAAGCCAUCUCUGAGGCUGGCUGGAGCCAGGACCUUAGCUAGGCUGACGACUAAGCAUCCUACAGCGGUUGCAGCGUGCGCGGUGGAUCUGGAGAACUUGAUAUCUGAUUCUAACAGGUCCGUGGCGGUGUUGGCGGUGACUACUCUGCUAGCCACUGGCGCUGAGAGCUCCGUGGACCGUCUGAUGAAGCAGAUCUCCAGUUUCGUCUCGGAAAUCUCUGAUGAAUUCAAGAUUGUGGUAGUGAAGGCCAUCAGGCGUCUUUGCACCAAGUUCCCGCGGAAGCAUCAGGCUUUGACGGCGUUUUUGGCAGGUAUGCUCCGAGAUGAGGGUGGCCUGGAGUACAAGGCAGCCAUUGCUGAUGCCAUCAUCUCAUUGGUAGAAGAAAACCCUGAAGCGAAAGAGUCUGGCUUAGCGCAUUUGUGCGAGUUCAUAGAAGAUUGCGAGCACACAGCUUUGGCCGUCAGGAUCUUGCAUCUUUUAGGUCGUGAGGGACCGAAAUCCCGUCAGCCGUCGCGGUACAUUCGCUUCAUUUACAACCGUGUGAUUUUGGAGUCUGGUCCGGUCCGAGCGGCGGCUGUCUCUGCUCUCGCCCAAUUCGGAGCCCAAAGACCAGAGCUGCUUCCCAACAUCCGAGUGGUCUUGGCUCGUUGUCAGUUGGACGAGGAUGAUGAAGUGCGUGACAGAGCGGUCCUUUACAGCGCCAUCCUCGACUCCGAAGACCGCGGGUUGAUUGACGACUACAUCAUUAACGUCCCUAAACCAAACCCGGUAUUACUGGAAAAGGCUUUGAGAGACCAUCUUGAAACUAACCCUGAUGAGCCAUUUGAUGUAAUGUCGGUGCCAACGACUGAAGAGCCUAAGCCAGAGAAGGAGGUUAUUGAGAUUGAAGCCCGCAAGCCGGUUCUUCUAUCGCGUGAGGAGCAAUACGCUGAUCAGAUCGCUUUGAUUCCUGGUAUCGCCAAAUUCGGUCCUCUUUUCAAGACUACAGACACUGUUGAGCUGACGGAAGAAGGGACAGAGUACCGUAUCCGCUGCGUUAAACACAUUUUUGCUCGCCACAUGAUCUUGCAGUUCGAAUGCCUGAACACCCUAAGCGAUGUGCUGUUAGAAAGAGUCCAGGUCCGCCUAGAAACUCCACCCGAAUACAAGAUUAUAUCCGAGAUCCCUUGCGACAAACUUCCAUACGACAAACCAGGAAACGUCUUCUGCAUCCUAGAGUUCCCUCACGCUACGCUAGACAGUCUGGGGACUUUUGGGGCGACAUUAGAGUUUAGCGUCCGCGAUUGCGACCCGACAACCGGUGUCCCCGAAUCUGGCGAUGGCUAUGACGAUAACUACCCGCUAGAGGAAAUAGACAUCGGAUGCGAUGACCAGUUACGCACGCGAGCUGUGACCGACGACUGGGACGCCACUUGGGAGAGGUCUUCUAGUGCUAUAGAAGUCUGCGACACCUUUGUGCUAUCCCAGACCGAUGCUCUAGAAGCUGCUAAAGCGGUUUGCGAGCAUUUGGGUCUCCCGAAGACGGCGAUAGUUGGGGAGGCGGUUAAGGAGAUACGGGGCUGUGGGUUGUUCAGGAAUGGUGCCCCAGUGUUGGUCAGGGCUAGGUUGGCUAUGAGUGGAGGCGGGGUGACUAUGCAGCUAGCCGCUAGGUCGCCUAGGGAGGAUGUAGCCCAAUUACUUCUGGCCGCUGUCGGUUAAAUUUGUAUUUUAUUGUUUUUUUUUUGUUAGAUUUAUGUUAGAUUCUAUUAGAGUUAGUUCAGGAUGUUGUAUUUAUGCCGUAAUACUUAAUCUGUUCUGGAAUUUAACUGUCUUAUUACUCCCUUAUAUAACAGUUACUAGAAUAUUUCAGUGUAUUAGGUACGUAUUAUGAAUGUAUACCUAAAAUUCAUACAAAAUGUGUUUCUUAUUUUUAAGACUGAAAUUACCUUAUCCACAUGUACCGAAAAGUUCAUAACACGAUCACAUAAUAAUCAUUUCAGUCUUAAAAAUAAGAUACAACAAUUAAAUACAAUAUUUAAUAUUAGUCGAAGUCUAAAUAUUGUACUUGCUAUGCCAACUAAGUAUUCAUUCCAUAUUAUUAAUGUACUUUCGUGAACUACUAUUAUAUUCAAAUGUGUAUUAAUUUAUGAUGAAUGUGAUAAAAUCAAUAAAAGUGCAUUUAAAAUGA